GGAUCGCGAGUCGACGAUCCCUCGACUCACCACUUUGCGCCGCCCAACCUGGCCGUCUGCCUCGUGUCUCCUCCUCCUGCAUCCAUCCCUCCCGCCCCGCUCCCUGCACCGCAACAUGCCCCCCGCCUCGCCGCAACGGCCGACGUGCUGCCCUGCUCGCACUCCCUCGCCCACCAUGCUGGCCUGUCCGUGAUGGGCGAACCAAAGCUGUACCUCCCGCCGGGUCGCGCGAUGGACAUCCACUCGCUGCAGCCCUUCCCACCCGCCGCCGGCCCCAUGGCGAGCAUCGACAGCUUCGCUCCGCCGCCCUCCCUGCCCUUUCCCACCCCGACGCCCACCCAACACUCCACCGCCGACGCCACCGACCGCGCGCGCGCCUACAAGUCGCGCAACAAACGGCCCUGCGACUUCUGCAGGUACAAAAAGGCUGCAUGCCAUCUCGAAAACAACCCGCCGUGUGAGCUGUGCAGAAGGUACAACAAAGAGUGCACCUUCGUCGAGUCGCCGGCGAAGCGACGCAGGCCGAACGACGACCUCGACCCCCGCCCCACCAAAAUCGCACGCGCCGAGAGCUAUACAUCGCAUGAACAGAAUGGAAGCGUGGGCUCGCAGACUCCCUACCACAACACCCCCUUCAACGCGGGUCUCGGCAUCCACCACUCCGAUCUUAUGGCCUGGGACGACAGCUUCGCCUCCUUUGACAUGCCGAUGAACAUGGGCCCCGCUCUGGGGGUGCCUGAUUUCCAGCUUGAUCCUGCAUUCUAUCAACCCCCGGGCUUGGGUUAUGAUGCAUUCGAUCCCUUCCCCUCCGCCGCUCCACUGCCUCCGGCGGACGCCGGGCUAUCCUCGCUCCAGCAGCACCACAGUCCUGUCGAUACCAUCCCAUCCCCGAUCUCAUCCGUCUCCCACCUCACUGGCCAUCAAUCCAUGGCCGUAGAUCUGAACACCGCUAAGCCGUCUUCUUCAGAGCUCCGCUCGGCGUCUAAUGCGCUCCUCGUCGGCUUCGGCGGCGUUCCAGACCCGGACCUAGUGUCUCGAUUUCGGUUCGACCAGCACAACGAAGCAGCCUUCCAAUCCGCUCGCCUGCGAAAGUUGACCGACGGAGACCAACAUGGUCUUCCUGUUGUGCUCGUCGUGCCGGACGAGGCCGCUGCACGCAAUGCGCAAUCUGCGGAAGAGUUGAAUCUCGUUAAGGGCUUGAGGCGCGAGAUGGAGGCGAUGGUGGGGCAAGACGUUGGCAAGCGACUCAUUCGCCUCUUUCACCAUCACGUUCUCCCCUACUUCCCCAUAUUGGUACCCGAAACCCAUGCCAGCUUGCUCCAGCCGAGCAGCAUUCCCACGUGCCUACUAGCGGUCAUCUACGGGCACGCCCUUGCAUUCUACCCUCGGAAUGAUAAGGUGUCCGCCGACAGCACUCCUGCGCCCUCGCCCGACGCUCUGUUCAAAGUUGCGUGGGAUGCCUGCCUCGCCGAAUUCCAAUCCCCCUCCCUCGCAACCCUCCAGGCGGUACUCUUUCUAUUGCAGCGGCGACCAACAGACAAGCAUAUCAGUCACGCCCCACUCAUGAGUGUGAUGAUGUCGGCGGCCAUCAGCGUCGCGCAAUCCCUCGGUCUGCAUCGAGAUCCCUCCUUUUGGCCCCUACCACCGUGGGAAAUCAGGCUUCGGCGAAGACUGGCGUGGAGUGUCUUUAUCCAGGACAAGUGGCUCGCUUUGAACGCAGGGCGUUCCAGCCAGUUCCGCAGCGAGGACUGGGACGUCACUCUUCUGACUCCCGAGGACUAUGUCGACCUGGGCCCUGAUCCAUCCGCCAUCCCCACCGUCCAGCACUCGCUCAAACUCGGUCAGCUGUCCGUGCUCGUCGAAGACGUCCUGCGCGAUCUCUACAGCAUACGCGCCGGGCACGCGCUCCACAACAGUCUCGAAGCCACACUCGAAGUCGCGAAACCGCUCCGCGUGCGCCUGACCCACUGGUACCAAACCCUCCCGUCGGAAACGCUGCCGCUACAGCAACAGCAGGAACGAGAACAGCAGCGCCGUCGAUCGCUCAACCCCUCGCCCGCAGCCAUGGCGAGCAGCAGCAGCAGCAACGCGACCCCCGACAGCGGCAGCGGCGUCGGCCACGGCUCGCUGCACCUCGCCUACCUCACCCUCAAAAUCGAACUCUUCCGCGCCAUGCUGCGCCCGCGCGCCACCGACGGCAACGCCACCGCCCUCACCGCCCUGCGCACCGGCGCCCUCGUCGUGGCAAAGGAAAUCCACGACUUCCUCGACAGGCUGCACGAGCGCGAACUCGAGGGCUUCUGGGCGAGUUACUCCCGCACAAACUUCACCAUCGUCAGCUCCUUCAUGAUGUUCCUCUUCGUCACCUCCACCAGCCUGCCGGACGCAAAAGAGUGCCUGGCGCUCGUGACGGCGUGGCGCGCGCUGCUGCGCACCAAGGGCCGCAGAACGGACUUGCUCGCGCUCGGGCUGGCCAAGUUGGAUGCCGUGUGGGCCGUGGGCCCGCCGAGGAUGAUGGAGAUGACGCCUGCCGCUGUGCAGGCUUGGAAGGAGAGAAGGGAGUGAGCUGGCGGGAAGGGAAGGGAAGCAGGAAAGGAUGGAAAUCUGUGGGGAAUGGGAUGAGGCAUGGGAUUGUUCGGGGUGUUGCAUUCGCACUUUGGAGCUCGGGUUCGGGGUUUCAUUUUGCUUGCUUUGACGGAUUGCAUUCGGUCUUUCUUUUUUCUUUCGCCCAGAGAAUACCCAAGCUCCUGAGAAGCUUAUGUUGUGCUGUCGAUUUUCAGGGCAGUCGGAAUAAUUAAUGCAUCUCCUUCCUCUGCUCUCGUCCAGCAAAAUUUCCAAAAGUCGCCUCCCACUCAACUGCAAGUCGCAUCCCGACAUGCAGUUUACGCAAUACACCA